CAGGUUUGUGAACCAAACUGACAGCAAGUAUGAACACGUACGGACUGAAUCGUAUAUAAACCAGCCGGAUUGCCAGUCCAGGUAGAUCACUAGAUCAACAACGAACCUGACAACACGAAUACAGUAUCUGAGCAUACUGUGACGUCAACAUGGGCAAAGAAAAAUGUAACUUCUGGGAAAAGUGUUACAGAAAGGACCCUACUCACAAGAAAAACUUUGUCCACCCUGGAGAUAAAGUUGAAGAGGAUGAUGAGGAAGAUAUGGAUGUAGAAGAUUCUACGUCCAAGCCUGUCCCUCUGAGGCGAAGAAAAACACACGAUAUGAGUCAGAGUGAUGGCGAAGAUGAUACGGACGUUACGCCUAAAACAACUCUAAAAAAAGUGAACUCUAAAAAAGCUAAAACCUCAGAAGACGAUGAAAAGCCAGGCCCAUCAAGGGGAGGUAACUCAAGUGAUGAAGACACCAGCAAACCAAAGUGUGAAUAUUGGAUAAAAUGUUACAGAAAAGAUCCAAAACACUUGAAAGAUUAUCGACAUCCGAAGCAAAGGUUAAGUGCACGACCAAAACCUACCAGGAAGUUGGAGGAUGGGGAUAUUGUGAGUGUGGAGGGAGGUUUUAAACUGAAAAGACUUGGCAGUGACUUCACCUGCACUUGUAUUGGUUGGAAAACACAGAAAAAUGCUACCAACAAACGGACGUGUAAACAUCUAAGGGAACACUUGGGAGACGUUUAUGAAAAGGCAAGAAUCGGUCAGCUCCCCGUGGCAAAGAGGAAGGCGCCAGAACCUACACAACACUUCAGCCAUCUUUCUGUUAGUUUGUUACUGGCUCACAAGUAUGAUGAAAAAUCUCCGAACCCAAUUGGCUGGUGGGUGAGCGAAAAAUUAGACGGUGUUCGAGCAUUCUGGAAUGGAAAGUGUUUCUACUCCAGACUAGGAAAUCCUUUCUACGCACCAAAGUGGUUUACAAAAGAUCUGCCAAAAGACAUGCAUCUAGAUGGCGAGUUGUUUGGAGGAAGAAAGAAGUUUCAGUCAACUGUCAGUAUUGUGAAGACCCCCGAGUGUGACAACUGGAAAAAGCUUAUAUACUCUGUGUUUGAUGCUCCUCAUAUGGAGAAGGAGACUUUUGAAAAGCGUCAAGAAGCCCUCAAAGAGUUUUUUGAUGAAAACAAACCUCAGUAUGCAGAGCUUGUGAAGCAGACCAAAUGUACAAGUAAACAACAAUUGGACGAGGACCUGAAAAAAAUCAUCGCUCUUGGUGGAGAGGGGCUUAUGAUCAGAGAACCAAAAUCUAAAUAUGAACGAAGGAGGUCCAAAACGCUCCUGAAGUUAAAGAAGUUUUAUGAUGCUGAGGCCAUUGUCAUUGGUUACGACCCUGGUAAAGGUCGUUUCACUGGAGCCGUGGGAGCCUUGCGAUGUAAGAUGGAGUGUGGCAAGAUAUUCUCAGUGGGGUCUGGAUUGACAGACAAAGAUCACAGACGGCCACCAAAGAUCGGUUCUAUAAUAACGUACAAAUUCCAGGAGUAUACAAACUCUGGCAGUCCACGAUUCCCGACAUUUCUUGGUGUACGAAUCGAUGCUACAAAACCAAAGGACGCCGAUGUACCAGUGACAGCAGCUGACAAUUGAUUUAGUUUUUCUGUGACAAUUUAUCUCAAAACACUGUACCUCUGCUUAAACACCAGAGUUCAAGGCAGGUGUAUAAAACUGAAAGGCAGCUUGUUUACAAAAGCACUGACAUGAUUGUGUUUCACGGCCAUAUUAUUUAUUCAUUGGACAAUUUUCAUUCAAUGUUGGAACAGUUGCAUUAUGAAGUCAUUAAUCAAGACCAUCGUCCAUUUUUGUAAAAUUUAAGGGUACAUAUUACUGUAUCAUUGUACACUUGUUGUAUAUAUAUAUAUAUAGAAAUAAUUUAC